UGGCCCCCUGACAGACCUGAGGGUCAUUGUUUACAUCCAUCUUUACGUGCCAUUUCUGGUUGUAUGUCUCUGGCACCCUGACAGUGCAGCUGCAGGAGACCGUCCGGCUUCCUCCUCUUCUGUGUGACAGCGGUGAUCUUGAAGACUCUGUACCUGUUCUCCAGGGAAGAACACAUCAGCUGGAAGCAACCAAAAUAAUUCCUGUUUAGAUCUUCUGAACACCCAGCUGCCACCAUUUCUCCUCCAACAGCCAUGUACAGCUCCAGCUACUCCCAGGCCAAGUUUGGCCUGGAGGCAAGGGAGCCCCUGCACAAGCCCAAAGGAAAGAGCUGUGGCUACUACAUGAGGAUCGUCUUCUUCUUCUCCUCCCUGAUCCAGUCCCUCAUCAUCGUGAGUCUGGUGCUUUUCCUCAUCUAUGGACAGCCAGAGAAGUCUGCAGAGGAGAAGAGGGUCGAGGACCUGGAGCUGAACUUUAACAGACUGAGUGAGAUCAACAUCCAGCUGAGGAAGGAGAAGGGCGAGCUGGGAGCUCAGCUGGCAGCUCGCACAGGAGAGAAAGCUGCACUGGAGAAGGAGUUGGCAAAGCUGAAGACUGACGCCAACAACACAGAACAUCAGCUCAAGAGUAAAGUGGCUGCCUGUGAGAAAGCCAGUGCAACAACACUCAGCAUUCUGCGGCGUCCCACUUCUCCGAUCCAGCUCCCGGUUCCCGUCACCAGCAGCAGUGAAUUAAGAACAAUGCAGAGCCUCAACGCUCAGCAGAAAGCAAUGAUCAACCUCAUCCAGGCAAACUUCACCCAGAUGGUUCAGUACCUGAGCCAAGAGAGAGACAAUGCCCUCAAAGACCGGGACACACACCACCAGGACGCCAUCAGCCUGCGCAGGGAGAACACCAUGGUGAAGGAGCACCUCACCACCUACACCAGGAAGUGCAAAGAGGACUUUGCGAAGUCUUUGGACGGGAUCACGACGGUGACCAGGGAUUUCCUGAACCGCAUCAACAACCUGUUCCCGCAGCAGCUGACCUUUCACCUCACGUGUGACAGCCAGCACGAGCAGAUGGAGAAGAUAAGAAACAGCUGCACCAACCUGUCCAGAGACGUGGAGAACAAGUUCCAGAUAUAUCUGGACAAAGUGGGCAACAAGGUGUCAGAGAUCCAGGCCCUGUCCAGUCGUCUGGAGGUGCAGACGAUACAUUUGUCGUCCGAUCUGCAGCAGUGUGAGCAGAAUCGCAGCAAGACCAUCGCCGAGGCGGCCGGGCAGCUGCAGCUCAAGCAAAGGACUCAUGACGACCAGGUUGAAAAGCUACUGAUGGAGCAGAACAGGUUGAGGAAUGAGAAGAAGCUGCUGGAAGAUCGUUUGGGCCUAAAAGAGCAAGAAGUCAAGACCCUAAUGCAAAUUGCUCAAUCCGCUCUUAAGCCUGGUGUUCCUAAACUGGGAGGCCUUCAGGCUGCGUCCCAGCAGGACAGACAGACUGUGCCUAACUGGUCUAACGGGGCAAAAGGCAUCAACAAACCUGCAACGGGGAGAUGAGAGGAAGCAGCAGAGUGUAUAUAUUAAUAUCCUGAUCCCCCCCCCACUCCAUCAAACACAACCUGUAAAUACUCAGCUUCCUCUUUAAUGACACAGUUGCUGUGGUGCAUGCUUUGUUUAGCUCUGCUUUAAGCUGAAGGCUCCUUUGUGUUUUUACUCGUGUUUGAGCUCAUUUACUGUGAAAAGUCUUUGUAUCUUUACUCUCAGGUAAAUGUCAAUGGUGUAAAUAUUUUCUCUCUUGUGUGUCACUCACUGUGAUUGAUGUAGUUUAACAAAUGACACUGGAAAUUCUUUUUAUUGCCAUGGAAUUAAAAAAUGAAAUGAACCCAAA